AUGAUCAAACCGCAUACUGCCAGGAGGCCAAAGACGAUCUCGACUACAAGAAGGCCUAAGAGAUCCACUAUCCCCCAAAAGCUAAAGGUACCGACUGCUCCUAAAAGACCGAAGAUCAACCCGACAAGGAAGAGGAUAUGGACACCUACUGGCAUCAACAUCUAUCAGGAAGUUUACAAGAUGACCGACGAAAAACUGAAGGCACAUAUUGCCGAAACAUCCCUCAAAAGCUACGGCCAGUGUGCAAAGGAUCUGCAAGUUGAUGCUGUGUUCAACCUCGUUCAAGGUCGGAACACUUUCUUGUUGGCUGGGACUGGAUUCGGAAAGUCACGCAUUGCCAAAUUGUACAUGAAGAUGAUUCCUCAGAAUUCAAGAGGUGUUGUGGUUGUGUUGAAUCCCUUGGACUCUCUGGGAGAAAAUCAAGUGCUUGAGAAGAAACAGGCGGGCUUCUCUGCGAUCAACUUAACCAAGCUGACCUUCAACCGAAAAGCGGCCGAGGAGAUCAGCGACGGGGUCUAUCAGUUUGUUUAUCUCAGUCCAGAAAUUUUUCUCAACAGCAAGCUCUUCCGGAAACUAUACUACAGUUCAAGAUUCCAGAACCGUCUCGCUCUGAUUGUGAUUGAUGAGGCCCAUAUGAUUUACAUAUGGGGCCUGGUAGAAGGUUCAUCAUCCAAUAACUCAACCUCGGCGCAUUUCCGGCACGAGGACUAUUCGAUCUUCCGUCCCUCAUAUGGCAAACUCGGCCCCCAACUUCUCUUUCGCAAUGAUAAACCCCUUUUGCUUUUAUCAGCCACUUGUCGGCCAGUUGCAGUCGAGGCCAUCAAGAAGAGCCUCAAACUGACGGAUGCUACAGUAGAUAUCUUGCGAGGCAAGUUAACUCGACCGGAAAUCCGUAUUGUCCGAUUACCAAUGGCGCACUCACUGGCAUCAUCACUUGAUGCCAUCAAGGUCUUCCCCUCUUGUAAAGAAGUAGCCAACUGUGAUAUGGUCCCAAGUUUAGUUUAUAGUGGAUCACGUAAUAGGACAUCGACAGUUUUGGAAGUCAUUGAUUACGCUUGA